AUGUCCUUGUUCGAGCACUCGACAGAGUCCGGUUUCACGACAUACUCGGACCUGGAUGACUGUCCUCCUCCAGAGAGCGACAAGAUAUUCAUAUCAAACCUCCAGGAGAUUCUAGGCUCGACAUGGAACGAAGUUGAAUUCCAGGAGAUCGUCGAAUCGGCCACACGCGCGUCAUUUGUGGACGUUUCGACUGAUGGGCUAUUCUACACCGUGCAUCCCCUGCUUCAGAUGUACAUCAAGGAUUGUCUCAGUGAAGACGAUAAUCGGCACUAUGCACGUACAACGACUCAACUCGUGCUUGGUGCAAUCCGGCCAUUGAUCCCUCUAUCCGCACAAUCUGAGAAUGCGACACACGCACUGGCCUUCCACAAGCUUUACGACUCAUUGGGUGACGGGAACGCUUGUCGAGAGUUGCUAGAGUCUGCCCUUUCGCAAAUUCAGCAGCAUCACGGCCAAAGGCACAAGAGCUCGAUGUGGGAUGAUGCGAGAGGUGGUUGUUCUGCGAUUGGAGAUCCUCAGACCACGGCACCCAGAUACUCUUUGGCAAAGAACAACCUUGCAUCCACCCUGCACUCUCGAGAUCAAUUGGAGGAUGCAGAGAAGAUAAGGCGAGAAGUACUUGCUUUACAGCUGGAGAUCUUGGGAGCACGUCAUCCAGAAACCAUUUCAACAAUGGGCAACCUUGCGAUCACCUUGCACCCCCGUGGUCAGUUGGAGGAGGCGGAAAGGAUAAUGCGACUACGUAAUCCAGAAACCAUUUGGGCGAUGAGCAACCUUGCGUCCAUCUUGCACUCCCGUGGUCAGUUGAAGAACGCAGAAAAGAUGAAGCGAGAAGUAUUCGCUCUGCGGCUGGAGAUCCUUGGACCACGCCACCCAGACACCAUUCUCGCAAUGGGUAACCUUGCGAUCAGCUUGCAGUCCUGUCGUCAGUUGGAGGAGGCGGAAAAGAUCCAGCGAGAGGCUCUCGCCCUGCAGAUGGACAUCCUUGGAUCACACCAUCUGGGCACUGUUAGGGCAAUGAAUAACCUUUUGGUCACUUUUCAUGACCGUGGUCAGCUGGACGAGGCAGAAAAGAUGAGCCGGGAGUACUUGCUCUGCGACUAG